AUGGAUUUGAAAGCUUCUAAUCUGUUUUCCAAUGAGCGGAAAAGAGUAAAUGUUACUUGUGUUAAAGACGAGAUGUUCAUCAGCAUUCCAAAGAAAUUUCUUCCGGGCAUAAGAGUGGAUCAUCUCCGUCUCAGUGAUAUGAAUUGUGGAGCCACAGAGACCCAAACUCACUUCAUUCUUCGCACAGAACUAAAGGAAUGCCACACAACGAGCAGGGAUACCAAGAAUUCUUUCUGUUACAGAAACAAGGUGUUGAAGAUAUCUGUCGAACACCAACCGAUAAUCACGCGUGUGCGCGAAGUUGAAAUACCCUUCAGCUGUUGCUACUCAAACACCGGUAUCGUUUCCUCUGUUGCUCUCAAAGUCGAAAGUAAAAAGAUCGUUCUCUCCAAAGAUGGAUUUGGAGAAUUUGCUUUAGAAAUGAAGACCUUCCCCGAUAACAGGUAUAUCGACAAUUACAAAAGCGAAGACUUUCCAGUGACUGUACCUUCGGGAAAAAUUCUGUACGUGGAAGUCAACGUGGAUACAGAAGACUUGAAGCUCGAGAUUUUGGCCGAAACAUGUUUUGGCACACCUGAUCCUAAUCCUAUUAAACCUGGAUUAAAAUACUUGUUCAUCAGCGAUGGUUGUGCUGUAGACGAUACCUUGAAGUUCCUUCCAUCAAAUGAUGAAAGAAGUCAGAGGUUUAGCCUGGCGGCGUUCAAGUUCUUGGGUGAUCAUCAGUUUGCGUACUUGCACUGCAAGGUCAAGAUCUGUAACGCAACAGACCCUAAGUCACGCUGCGCAAAGGGCUGUUUGCGUGAAGCGAGAAGGAAGAGAUCGCUGAAUACUCGGGAGACGAAUGACGAGGAGUAUAUCCUGGCUCAGGGACCAUUCGUACGUGCAGAAGAUGAUGACGAUGAAACGGAGUCCGACAAGCCAAUAGAGAUCACCGAAGUUCAAAGUAGUGGUCCAUACAGCACUCUCGUUGCUGCUGUAGUUGUUGUUUCUGUGGUUUUUUGUGUCACUUGUGGGUCGAUCCUCGCCUGGAAGAAGAAAAAGCGCAGUGCUGUUCGCAGUUACCAGCUUUAUACUGCUCCUUCUGGAAACUAG